UGGGAGCGGGGGUGACGGGUGUAGCGUUAGGCUGCGCGAGUUUCGGCCCCACGCGCGGUGCUCUGUGGUCUGCUGCGAGACGGCGGGGCGCAGGGUCCGUGUGGCCGCCGGUGUCCUCCGUCAGGUGGGGAAGAUGCAGGGCAACAAGGGCUUCAACAUGGAGAAGCAGAACCACACUCCGCGGAAACAACACCAGCACCAGCAGCAUCCGCCGCCGUCGGUCCCCGCCAACGGGCAGCAGGCCAACAGCCAGAAGCAGCUGUGUACCUUAUUCCCCUCAGAUGAAGGCCUGACUAUUGACCUGAAGAAUUUCCGGAAACCUGGUGAAAAGACCUUCACCCAGAGAAGCCGCCUGUUUGUGGGGAAUCUGCCCCCAGAUAUUACAGAGGAAGAGAUGAGAAAGUUAUUUGAGAAGUAUGGCAAGGCAGGUGAAGUCUUCAUACACAAGGACAAAGGCUUUGGCUUUAUCAGGCUGGAAACUCGUACUCUGGCAGAGAUUGCAAAGGUGGAGCUGGACAACAUGCCUCUGCGUGGGAAACAGCUCAGAGUGCGUUUUGCAUGCCACAGUGCAUCGCUGACAGUCAGGAACCUGCCUCAGUUUGUGUCCAAUGAGCUCCUGGAGGAAGCCUUCUCGGUGUUUGGCCAGGUGGAAAGGGCUGUGGUUAUUGUGGAUGACAGAGGACGAUCCUCUGGGAAAGGCAUUGUGGAAUUCUCAGGGAAGCCUGCUGCUAGGAAAGCCCUGGAUAGAUGUAGUGAUGGGUCUUUCCUGCUAACUACAUUCCCUCGGCCUGUCACUGUGGAGCCCAUGGAUCAGUAUGAUGAUGAAGAGGGACUACCAGAGAAACUAGUCAUCAAAAACCAGCAGUAUCACAAGGAGCGUGAGCAGCCUCCUCGAUUUGCACAGCCUGGGAGCUUUGAGUAUGAAUAUGCCAUGCGUUGGAAGGCUCUGAUAGAGAUGGAGAAGCAGCAGCAGGAACAAGUAGACCGCAACAUCAAGGAAGCUCGAGAGAAACUGGAGAUGGAGAUGGAAGCAGCUCGCCACGAGCACCAAGUGAUGCUGAUGCGGCAAGAUUUAAUGAGACGCCAGGAAGAGCUGAGGAGAAUGGAGGAAUUGCAUAACCAAGAAGUACAGAAACGUAAACAGUUGGAACUCAGGCAAGAGGAAGAACGCAGGCGCCGUGAGGAAGACAUGAGAAGGCAGCAAGAAGAGAUGAUGAGACGCCAGCAGGAAGGCUUCAAAGGGAAUUUUGCUGAUGCGAGGGAGCCACCAGACAUGCGAAUGGGACAGAUGAGUAUGGGAGGUGCCAUUGGCAUGAACAACAGAGGAGCUAUAGGUGGCACCAGUGUCCCAGCUGCUGCACCUCCUGCGACUGGUCCUGGAGCUAUGAUACCUGAUGGAGCCAUGGGAAUGACUCCACCACCACCUGCAGAUCGCUUUGGCCAGGGUGGUGCAAUGGAAGGCCUUGGAGCAAUGGGAGGGAACCCACCUGCCUUCAACAGAGGAAAUCCAGGGGGUGACUUUGGCCCUAACAAGCGUCGCAGAUACUAACUUAAGAUUAAGCCCACCCCUGCACACACCCCAAAAAGGAAAGGAGUCUUGCAGGCCAUACAGUUUUCAACUCAGGGCAGCAGGGGGGAUAUUAAAAAUAGUUCAUUAGGGCUUGGUUUGGUAAAGCCACUCUAGGACAGGGGGAGUGCAGUCCGAGUGGUAACAUUUUUAGAAAAUUUCAUGUGGUGCAUUCCUAUAAUUUCAAUGUGAAAAAUGGAUUCUGGGAGGCUGCUGUAGUUUUUCAGUAACAAUAAAAUUUGGCAAAAACCAUAAUGCCUUGAUCACUCCAGGUUUCCUAUUUGCAGCUGGAGUCCUGAGACAAAACUAGAUGAAAUUACAGUAUGUCUUGCUAUUUUUUAAAUGUAGUGUACCUUGCUUAUGAGCACAGGAAAAUCUGGAAAAUUAGGGCAGCAUCUGCAGUACUUUGCAGCUCCCAUUAUUAUAUACAUUAAUAUAGCUCCAAAUGAUCAGUCCUGUAGUGAAUUAUGGGGGAGAUUUUAUGUUCAGGUUUUGUUAUUUUUUUUUCCUCCUAACUUGUAGUUAUUCUUUAUAUCUGGACCAUCUGUUUUCUUUAAAGCAGUUGACUGCCAUGUGCGGCCUGAAUGGCUGGGAGGUUCUUGUUUGGAUGGAUUUUUUGAUUAUGUGUUGUAUUGCUGUUUAUUUUUACUGGUAGUAAAGUACAAUCUAUUGGACAACAAUACUGUAUCUCAUGCUGAACAUUUAACUGAAACAAAUGUUUGUAUAAUCUUAACUUUGCCUGUCUUUUGUGUAGAAGUACUACAGAUUUUUCAUUUAAUGUAAACUGUUCGAACACAAGCUGUAAUUGUCCCACUAACAAGUUUGAGUUUGUCUGAGGAAUGUUACAGGAAUGCAUUAUUAAAGUGGAUUUUAAGCCUUUUU